AGAGAAAGAGAGAGAGAGAGAGAGAGAGAGAUUCAGUUUGUCUCUUCGUACGCACCCUCGGCCCUGGGGGGGAUCAAUGGCUUGAAACCUGUAAGUUCUUCUCAGUCUACAGCCAUGGAAACUCUGCGUCUUCCUCUUGCUUCCACCGGAUUUACUUGCAGAAGUCGAAGAAGAAUAAGAGUCAACUCUUUCAGGCCAAAUUACCAGUGCCAAACCCUCUUAUCUUCCUUACAUACGAAACCCUUCUCUACCUGUAGUUGUACUCAUCUGCGGCACAUCAUCUGCCACUCCAAGUCUACCGAAUCUCACCACCACCACCGCCACCACGAUGAUCAUCACCACCAUGACCAUGACCAUCACAACCACCACCACCCCCACCACCAUCACAGUCAUGAGGAUAAUGGUAAGCUGACUGGAACGCAGGAAGCAUUAAUUAGAUUUGCGAAUGCAGUUAGAUGGACCGAUUUGGCCAAUUUCUUCAGGGAACACUUGGAGCUGUGUUGCUGUUCGGUGGCGUUAUUUCUUGCAGCUGCGGCUUGCCCUUACUUGGUUCCGAAACUGGCAGUCAGGCCGCUUCAGCAAGUGUUCACUCUCAUUGCUUUUCCGCUGGUUGGGGUUUCAGCAUCGCUUGAUGCUCUCAUGGAGAUUACUGGUGGGAAAAUUAAUAUUCAUGUAUUGAUGGCUCUUGCGGCCUUUGCUUCACUAUUUAUGGGGAACUCACUGGAAGGCGGGCUGCUUCUUGCAAUGUUUAAUUUGGCCCAUAUUGCUGAAGAAUACUUUACAAGCCGCUCAAAAGUUGAUGUCAAGGAAUUGAAAGAAAAUUUUCCGGAUUUUGCUCUUGUGCUGGAUGUAAAUAAUGAAGGCUCCCCUAGUUUCUCCAAUUUGACAUACCAUGAAGUUCCAGUGAAAGAUUUAGCGGUCGGCUCAUAUAUAUUGGUCAAAGCUGGUGAGUCAGUGCCUGUAGAUUGUGAAGUUUUUCAAGGCAGAUCAACAAUUACUAUGGAGCAUUUGACUGGGGAGGUGAAACCUAUAGACAGGAAGGUUGGGGACAACAUUCCUGGUGGUGCAAGGAACUUGGAUGGUAUGAUGAUAGUGAAGGCCAAAAAAUCAUGGAAAGAGUCGAUGCUGAGCAGAAUUGUACAACUAACAGAAGAAGCUCAACUCAGUAAACCAAAGCUUCAAAGGUGGCUGGAUAAGUUUGGCGAGCAAUAUAGCAAAGCAGUUAUAGUUAUGUCUGUUGGUGUUGCCUUCAUUGGACCAUUUUUUUUCAAGUGGCCAUUCUUCAGCACAUCAGUUUGCAGAGGAUCAGUUUACAGAGCAUUGGGGCUCAUGGUGGCAGCAUCACCAUGUGCAUUAGCUGUAGCACCAUUGGCAUAUGCCACAGCAAUUAGUGCUUGUGCAAGAAAGGGAAUAUUGCUGAAAGGUGGGCAUGUGCUAGAUUCUCUAGCUUCUUGCCACACUAUUGCAUUUGAUAAAACGGGGACAUUGACGACCGGGGAGUUCAUGUGCAAAGCAAUUGAGCCAAUACAUGGACAUAUCAGAGACAAUGAAAAUCAAUUUGUAUCUUGUUGUGUCCCUAGUUGCGAGAAAGAAGCUCUAGCUGUGGCUGCUGCUAUGGAGAAGGGAACCACUCACCCUAUUGGAAGAGCCGUUGUGGAUCAUAGUGUGGGGAAAGACCUUCCUUCUGUUUCUGUUGAAAGUUUUGAGAAUUUACCUGGCAGGGGUGUCUUUGCGACAUUAUCUGGCACCAAGUCAGGACUUGGAGGAGGUGAACUGUUGAAAGCUUCACUUGGUUCUGAGGAUUACAUCGCUUCACUUUUUAAUUCCAACGGUGAAUCAAAAAAGAUCAAGGAGGCAUUGAGCACAUCUUCUUACGGAAACGAUUUUGUUCGUGCUGCGCUCUCUGUUAAUAAUAAAAAGGUGACACUGUUUCACUUUGUGGAUAAGCCUCGAAUUGGGGCUAUGGAUGUAAUACAGGCAUUACAAGAUCGAGCAAAGCUCCGUUUAAUGAUGUUAACUGGUGACCAUGAGUCAAGUGCGUGGAGAGUUGCAAAUGCUGUGGGUAUAAAAGAAGUUUAUUGCAGCCUAAAGCCUGAGGAUAAGCUCUAUCACGUGACGAAUAUCUCGAAAGAUACAGGGGGAGGACUUAUAAUGGUAGGUGAUGGUAUCAAUGAUGCCCCAGCACUGGCGGCUGCUACUGUGGGUGUUGUUCUAGCUGAACGUGCUAGUGCAACUGCUAUAGCUGUUGCAGAUGUGCUGUUGCUACAGGACAAUAUUUCAGGUGUUCCAUUCUGUUUUGCCAAAUCUCGUCAAACAACUUCCCUGGUCAAACAAAAUGUGGCCCUCGCCUUAUCAAGCAUUAUUUUGGCCUCUCUUACAUCAGUUUUGGGGUUUCUCCCACUAUGGUUAACGGUUCUUUUACAUGAAGGCGGUACUCUUCUCGUUUGUUUAAAUUCCAUCCGAGCUCUGAAUGAUCCCACCUGGUCCUGGAGGGAGGAUUUUUUGCACAUCUUUGAUAAAUUCAAAUCAUUCAUAGCGUUAAUAAGGAGGUAUAGCACCAUCCAGGCCGCACCCUCGUAACUGAGUCAAUUUGAAGCCUGAUGUUUUUGUGUGCAAAUAAUAGCAAUUCAAUUCGUCGAUAAUAUUGGGACAUAACAUAUCAGAUAUGUUAUUAUUACUGUAUUUCUUGAAGAAGAAAUGUUUGAAGGAAAGUUUAGAGAAGAAGUUAAUGGGAUUGCUGGGUGUAAAUUCAUGUCGUUACUUCAUACCAUACAUACGGUUGGCAGUUGGGAUGUUGCUCAUCCAGGUACCAUUCUC